GGGAGGUUUAUAAGGGAGGCGGCUCAAGGCUCAGUACUGCACUGACUGCUUGAAGGAAUCACUGGGUGUAGGAGCUUGCACUUAUUUUUGGAUCAUUAUGUCCACAAUGCUGGAUAUACAAACAAUCUAUCAGAACCUCCGCAACUUGAACUUGUCAGAAGAAGUAGAGAGCACCAAUGACAACAUCUUCGCCAACCCCAAGAGAAGACAUUCUUGUACCCCUGAAGUCUAUGAUGAAACAAAAUGGAUUUCUCGUUGGAAUUUUGAGUCUCCUCGCGUUCCUUUCAGAGCAGAUCGGUCUAUCAGCCUUACCGAAGGGCCUCGAACAGCACUACCUCCACCACCACCGGGGUUCCCUCCUCUGAAAAGUCCUCUGCCUUCUCUUCCUGCUCCAUCACCUCGCUACAAGACAGAACUCUGUCGUACCUUCUCUGAAACGGGCACCUGUAAAUAUGGCUCCAAAUGUCAGUUUGCUCAUGGGCAAGGCGAGCUAAGAGAGCCAAACCGCCAUCCAAAAUACAAAACAGAGUAUUGCCAUAAGUUCCACCUGUAUGGAGAGUGCCCAUAUGGGUCCCGUUGCAAUUUUAUUCACCACCCAGCUGAGCAAGGUCCUGGUUCUCAGCAAAUUCUACGCCAGAGCCUCAGCUACAGUGGUGUACCUGUCAGAAGAGCCUCUCCUCCACCACCAGGUUUCCCAGAUCCUGCUUCGUUCACCAGAGCUGCAUCAGUAUCCCCUCCUCCAAGUGAUUCAAUUUUCUCUCCUGUGCCUUCUGAGACCAGAAGCCAUGUGUCUUCACUCAAAGCAAUGGAGUCCGGUACUCGUUGUUGCUCAUGCCGUUGCUCCAGAGCCGGGAAUCUUGUUCAGGACCCUUUCACCAACUAUCAACUCCUUCGCUCACCUUCUUCCAGUUCCUUGACCGAAAAUGAGUGUUACAGCAGUGGCUCAGAGUCUCCAGUAUUUGAGGUGCCAAGUCAAGUGGCCACCAACAAGCGAUUGCCUAUCUUCCAUAGGCUAUCCGUCUCUGAUUGAGGAAUGGAAAAUAGAGAAAAGCAUUAGAACAAAUUUUAAUUUCAGCCCUGCUGUCAGACCAGCAUCAGGACCGUUCUGUGAAGUUACAGCUACCGUCAGAGGAAGAACUUUAAUCAAGUGCCUUUCGUUGAUUCUCAGGGCUUUACAUAGUUUGGGGUGAAGGCUUCAAAGUAGCCUCAAUAGACAAGACUUUUUUUGCACAUAUGGAAACCCCCCUUUUCCAAAAAAAAUCUAUUGUUGGCCUAAGCAGAUCUGGAGUCUUGUAAGGUUCCAGAGAUGACUGGUGCAUUUUCUUAUGUAAGGGCCUACCCUACUACUUGCUGUGUAUUGUAGAUUGGGAUUAAGCUCUGAAUUCAUGUAGCAAAACAAGGUGUAUAGCAUGUUUACUGCCCCCUAGUCUCGUCUACCAUAGUUUGGGCUGGACUUAAACUUUGGAAGAACGGGACCAAGAGUGGACCAGUAUCCCAAUUGUGAAAAAAAUCCUGACUUUUUUACUCCUGUGAACUCCAAAAUAUGUACUCUUCUGGAAGUACUGCAAUGCAUUGCAGGGUUAUAAUGCAAUACGAUAAUAUUGCAAUAUCAUUGUGUAUUAUACAGAUACACUACUACAUGGGUAAGAUACACUACGCUGUGUAUACUCUUCAUUACAUGGCACCACACUUGACGUUCAAGUAGCGUCCUCUUUCCCAUGAUCUUUUUAUAUGAUGCCCAUAGCUCCUACUCGUGUCUCUGGAUAGACGUCAAGAUCUGUAGUGUUGUCUCUACAGGCUGGACCUCCUCCACCAUUAAUAAGUAAGGCCUGGGUUGUUGUACUCUGGAUGAGAUAUACCCAUAAUUGGCCAAUCAAGUGUAAGAAUUCAUUCGAAUUCAGGCGACAUCUGAUUGGUCAAUACCAUGCAUAACCGGCACCCAUUCUGUGCCUAAGAGUGAAAUCCAAUGCCGCAAAGUCCUAUAUACCAAGUGACUCUUCUCGUUUUUGCUGCCGGGUAUUAUGACACCCAUCCGCAAUGCAUUUUAGUACUCCCAUCUCUAGGAUCUUUACAGUUGUGCCUUAUACCUCACAGGAUGGCUAAUACAGGAGUUAAAAUCAGGUGCUUUAUGGGAAAUAUCAGCAAAAAAAUCCAGUAGUAAUUAAUACCUUGAUCAUAGUAAUCCAAAAGUGUGUAUCUUCUAACACAUGUAUCUAUUUAUGUGCUAUUUAUUACCAAAUAAAUUUUAUAUCUAUUUAUCUUUUUUUGUAUUAUUUGGAAAAUAAUAUAUAUUUGUCAAAAAAAUAAGUUUGUAAUCACUUAAGUGAAAUAAAUGAAGCUAAUAAAAGGUAAAUUUGCAUAAUCAAA